AUGGCAUCACUGAGUGAGAAUGCCUCAUUCGAGAAGAUGACUACUGAGGAAGACCUGACUCGACACAAAGGCGAAGCUGCAACGUCGAGACGAACAACAAGCAUGGACCAUCGACUCGGAUCACCGGCUCUGAGGAAGGCGAAGCUGCAACGUCGAGACGAACAACAAGCAUGGACCAUCGACUCGGAUCACCGGCUCUGA